CUCCUCCCGCUGUCAGGUGGCUUUUUAGCGUUAGAAGCUAAUGAGCGUGGAUGCUCUGGGGAUCCCGGGGAUGGACCCUGCUGCUCUCUCAAGGCGGAACACGGCGCUCAGAUUAGUUGACUUGGCGGGGGCUCCUCGCCGCCAUCACCACCCCCCUCAGAGCAUGACAGGCUUCCCGGGCGUCGCCGGGCACCCCCACGCCACGGCGCCCACGCAGCCGGGGGAACACGCCGCCGAGUCCCGCCUCGGGCCGCAGCAGCUCCGGCCAGAACACAUGGGGCACCGCCACCAUCCUCAUCCUUCUCCUCAGCAUCACCCCGCGGCCCUUAAGAUCAGCCCUGCCCCUCAUCCCCACCACCAGCUCCACCACUACCAUCAUCAUCAUCAUCAUCAUCAUCAUCAUCAUCAGGCAGGCCAAGCCGAGGUGGUCUCUAGUCAAACGGCAGCGUUUGGCCCGGCGCAGUCACCAGCAGCCCCCUACCCCGUGUCUCACCCAGCCCAGGCUCUGGCAGCAGGUAGGGACUUCUUCAUACGCAGAGACCUGCCGGCCCCACUCAUGCCAGGGCUGACCGAGCAGCACCCCGCUGCAAGUUCUCACCACGGACUGUUUGUCUCAACAACAGGUAGCUACCCUGGACACCAUGGUCACCAGCACCACCACUCAGAAGCUGGGAAUCCCUCUCUGUUCACUGGACUCCAUGAGCAGCCUCCCCAUGCAGCUCCAGGUGGCCAUCUAAACGGACAGCUCAGACUGGGGUUACCUGGAGAAAUGUACGCCAGGUCUGAACAUUUCACUCAAGUACCAGCCUCCAGGACAGAUCAUUUUGCUGCUUCUUCGCUUCAUAACUACGGUGGUAUGAAUCUGAACGUGAACCUGGCUCCACACCACGGCCCGGGUGCCUUCUUUCGUUACAUGAGGCAGCCCAUCAAACAGGAACUCAUCUGUAAGUGGAUUGAGUUGGACCAGACUCCCAAAAAAUUAUGCUCGAAAACUUUCAGCACGAUGCACGAGCUGGUGACUCAUGUCACGGUGGAGCACGUUGGAGGACCCGAGCAGUCCAAUCACAUAUGUUUCUGGGAAGAGUGUCCAAGAGAAGGGAAACCUUUCAAGGCCAAAUAUAAACUUGUAAAUCACAUCAGAGUCCACACAGGUGAAAAACCUUUCCCCUGCCCUUUCCCAGGCUGUGGCAAAGUGUUUGCCAGAUCAGAGAAUCUCAAAAUACACAAAAGAACUCAUACAGGGGAGAAGCCGUUCAAAUGUGAAUUCGAGGGCUGUGACAGGCGCUUCGCCAACAGCAGCGACAGGAAGAAGCACUCGCAUGUCCACACCAGCGACAAGCCCUACAACUGCAAAGUGAGAGGCUGCGACAAGUCCUACACCCACCCCAGCUCCCUGAGAAAACACAUGAAAGUGCACUGCAAAUCCCCUCCUCCCAGCUCCGGCUACGAGUCCUCCACGCCCUCCUUGGUGUCCCCCUCCUCGGACUCCGGCCGGGAGCCCCCCGCCUCCUGCUCCCACGCUGAGCCCUCCGCGCCCGCGCAGCCCGCCGCCAACCUGAGCGAAUGAUGUCUACCCCGUUGCUCUCAAGGUAAUCUAGACAGACGCAGCUGAAAGCCUGAAUCUUAUGCCUUAGACAUCAAAGCAAGCUCGCACAAAGAAGUAUUUCUUCACAACGGUGAAUCUUCAUGGUAAGUUAGGAUUUCUAUGGCAAUAGGCAAGUCAUACUUAAAUAGUGAAAGGCGAAGUCUGGAGCCCGUCCAGUCUUUUCAUUAAGGACAUAAUAUUUACGUCUAACAGCCCCUUUUUCUUGUGUAUACAAGUAUAUAUUUUUGUUUGACGCGAACUAAAUCAUUUUCAUUUAAUUUCCGGUAAACAAAACCCACGCGAACAGGGCACUUGUUCCAGACCAUAAUAAAAAUGGAUAAGACUGUCAGGAAGAAAAGGCCCGCUUGAACCGUCGCCUCGGCUCACUUUUGUUUCUGCUUUCUGCCAGGAUCAGAGAAUGCAUUUGGGAUUUGAGGGCAAGUUUCUAAAGGCAAGGAAAUGGUUUUUAAGGGGGGAAAGAAAAGGAGAAAGGUCUAAUCAAGCUCGGGUUGUUCAAAGGGCCUGAUUUUGGGGUUGAAAGUGUGAGUUUUAUGGUGCAUCAGCAUGCCACGUUAGGAUCGCUAUGGUAAUGAGGAGAGCAAUAGCAAGCGGCCUUCAAAGGAGGCACACUCCAUUUGAGACAGUCUAUUAAGAUACAUUUGCACUGACCUUUGGUUUCAUGCUAGCUUAAUACACUCAAUCUGCUCCCCGCUAGAGAUAGACUUCCUCCACCUAAUGCACUUCGGCGGAGCUGGGUUUUGCUGGGCUUCGCCCUCCCCCCGAGGCGCGCUCCGUUCCGACGCUGUAGCCCCGGUCUCCUUCUCCCCAAAGUAAGGGACUGCCAGCCCCCCAAGCUCGGCAGGAGCUCCCGCCCGCUGUCCCCAGCCUUUCCGACCAGCUUCUAGCAGCAAAAACUGGCCACAAAGCCUGAGGAUUACUUCCCUUCCUCCCCACCAAACGUGGGAGAGGAAGAUAGGAUGAAGACUGGAAGAUCCCCCUCCUUGGGCUGCCCCUGUCUCGGGGAGUAGGUGUCCCGAUGGAAAUCCCCCAGGAGAUGGAGAGCGGGGUGAGCUCCGGGGGGAGAUGGCCGUACCCCCUUCUCACUCCGCCCGGCCCCGCUGUCGCUGCGUAGCAGCGAGCGGAGGUUCCGUGGUGCGGGGGAACUUGACACCCGCAUGGCCGGGGCCAUGGGCGCUGGGCCAUGGGCCCGGGAAAGUUAGAAGUCCAUGUUCCAGUAAUUGUCUUGUUGUUUAUUUUAUCCAAGUACCCUAGUGAAUAGGGGAAAAAUAAACACGGGGAAAAAAAAUUCAAACAGUUGAGUCGUCUUUAGUGCCAGCCCUUGUGGUUGAAUAAAAAGGAUGGUCCAAUUUCUAUUGAGCUGAGAAAUCUUUGAAGUGGGAGUUAUUAUCUGAGAAAUUCCUGCUCGUCGUCCUAACAACGCUGAUGAAACGUAAAAGGUUCUUUGUCAGCGAUUUGUUCUCCUCUCUGUCAAACUCACCCUGCCCGUUAGCUUUAAACCGUUUCUAAAGAGAUAAAAUCAAACUUUUAAAGAUAACUUUAGGGGCCCAGAGGGUGCAGAAAAUACCAAACUAUCGAAUCCUGUGUAUAGACAUACAUCUGGAUAUAUGUGGCUGUGUCUGCGUGAAACUCUGACUGUGUACAGAUGUCCAUGGAUGUCUGUAUGACCUUACAGUUCAAAAGUUGAAAUGAUGUCCAUUGUUUUUGUAUUUCAUCCUCCAAACUUUUCCGUCUAAUAAAUUAUUCCUACACACACACUGCACGGAAUGCGAUUCUUGGGCGAAGGCAGAAACGUUGGGUUUCAUUAACACCACUUUGUGACCAACAAAUGUUUUCUUUCCAGUAGAGUGAAAGCAAGAGCGUAGACAUAGAGUAAAUUCUUUGAUCAUUUAACAGUCCGAAUACCUAUCAAGCAUGUAUAUACUGCAAUGUAUCGAAGUUGUUAACGCAUUCAAAGUGAUGGCUUCCAUAUGCUCUCAUGUUUUAUUGUCUGUACGUGUAACGAUAGUCAAACUGCAUCCCUUUUGUAUCUUCAUUUUAUAAACAUUAUGGUAUUGUACUGAAAUGAUUCCCUGAUCAAGUUUUAUUUAGUAGUUUCUCAUUGGAUAUCAUGCAGUGCCCUGUUCGGAAUAUGAAUUCAUUGAAGCUGUACUCAUCAGUGUACUUCUGUUUUGGUUGUUAAAGAAUUAUCUGAGCCCAAUCCUGCCAUUCUAAGCCAAACCAUUAAUAUAAUGGGACCUUUUCUGAGUAAAGACAGAGUCAAAUUACAGUGGAGUGGGUAUUACUAUUAUUAUUGUUGUUAUUAUUUUUUUGUCUUGUUAUAUUUAUGGGGAAAUCUAGCACAUUCUUUGUGAACUGUACAGAGAAGAAGCCUCUGAAAAAUGUAGCGUGCAGAAAAACAUUUACAAUGUUGGUAUACUGUAUCUCUUUCCAGACUUCUUAUGUUCCUUAUUUUUCUUUAUCCCAUGUUUGACAAUGAAGGAGUGUUCUGUUGUGUGCUUGAACAUACUAUUUAUUUUUAAUACUUGGAUUUUUUUUACAAUAAAUAUUUAUAAGCAUUUCAUUUCUAUGGUUAUUUUUACAAAUGUGCACUUUUAAAUUAUGUGUUUGUACUGAUGAUACCGAGCCAUUCCUAAAACACUGUGUAAUCAACCUUCUCUUUCUGUUGGUUUUUAUAUCAGUUGAAAAAAAAAUUGCCCAAACCUGUGUACUAUUAAUGUGGUGUACAAUCAAGUAUUAAUGAGUGUUUUUUGUUGGUCUUUAACCUUUUUUAAUGUUAAUCGUUUUAGGUUGGCAUUUCCAUUAAAAGAACAGAACAAAACAAA